AUGGACCUAAAACACAUGGCCCGCAUGCUGGGCUUGCUGCCACUACACUUGGCGUGCCUUGCCGGUGACACUGAGGAGGCCGUCAAGAUCAUAGCGGUUACGGGUCCGAAAAAUGACGUAAACGUGCAAGUGAUUCCCAAGUUUGCACAGCCUCUCAACGAGACAUCAUGGCCAAGGCAUGAGACUCCGCUCAUGCUAGCUGCCAUGAUGGGCCAUUUCAGCACUGUCGAAAUGCUUCUGUUCCACGGGGCAAGACCUGUACAAAGGGAUAAAGAUGGUUUCACAGCCGGUCAUUUUUACGCCGAAGAAGAAGCCUCACGUAAGCAUCGUACCUUCUAUCUUACAAAGAGCCUUGCGGCAGAACACAGAGAUGCGAGAAAUUCAAGAAUAGCCAUCAGAAGAAGCCUGCUUUCGGGCAACAGGCCAAGUCUACACCCAAUUCUCUUGGCGAAGCAGGGCCGCAAGAUUGUGGCCCUCGAGGUUGUGGAUGGAGUUGUCGUAGAUGCCUUCAUACCCAAGGACAAAACAAUAGGCUGUCUCCGAGCAGCUGGUGAUCCUACCAUCUUACUAUUCGCCUGGAGCGGCUAUCGCCCCAAACCCCCAGGUGCAGACGAUCGCUUUGUGGAUGGCAGGGCAAUGUCUACUGUAGCACUCAAGCAGAUACAAUACCUUCUACCGCGAAAAUUGGAGUUUGCCUUUGAAAAAUCAAAAUGCGAUAAUGGUGGGUACACGCCUCUGCCUGAGCAUUUUGGCCGCGCGAAUUCCUCGCAUACAGAGGUGGUGUUAGCCACCGCAUACAUUCUGCAGCUGACCAGCCAAGUAUGCCCGAAUGAAGAUAUGCUCCUCAGGGAUAAGUUGGCAGCUUUAAGUAAAGCAAAGAUUGGCGAUGCGAAGCGCUCGAUUACUAUCUUUUUGAAUGACCAACCAUGCAGGUCGUGCGACCGGUACCUUGCAGCACUUGGAAGUCUCACCGGGGUUAUCUUCCAUGUGGAAGGUAAUGUCGGAUGCGCCCAGAUCCGACGGAAGGAAAACAAACAUCGCAAGCAUACGGAUAUACCAUACGAAUUGUGGUAUGACGAUGAGGGCGAAAUUGAAGACGUCCAGAAUGUCGAGAACGUUAAUGACAGUUUUCGCGUCAAGCCUCCUUUCACGGAGCCUAAAGACGGCGGACCUUCGUUGCCGCAGCAGGUUCAACAACCGCGCAACAAAUCCCCUGGACAGCAGGCGCUCCAGCAAGACCCUUCAAUUCAGCGCCUGUUAGACUCGAGAAUUGACGAGCCCAUGGACGAGGACGAGUCUUAUGACUCGGAUCAAACAAUGAGGGAGGAUCCCAGCUCCACACAGCAAAAUCGCUCUACACAGGCGUCAAAGGAAUAUCACGAUGACUUGACCCAACCGGUGCCAACUCACAGUCCACUCCAGAUGGACAAUAACAGCCCCUUCUCAGUGAUCGGCCGGUCGCCGUCCAAUCCUUUCGAAGUCCUUGAUGACUCUAACGAAGAUCACGGCUUACUUCGUGCCAGGCCUGAGAAGUUUGUACUCGCGCGCAGGUCUGUACCACGAAGACGCUCGCCAUCGCCCUUCCAGACACCGUCCCGAAUACCUCGCGACUCUCGCCCAUUCGCCGGAGAUUCUGAGGAAGGAUCCGAAGGAGAUGACGAAGCAGAAGCCCUGGUGCGUGUAUCAAGGCUGGCUGUUCGUGAGGCUGACAUAGCACCCUUUGGUCCCAGAUCAAAGCAGAAGAAGCUGGAUGAUCGUGACUCUUCCACGGCCAGCUGGAGACCUUCGCGCCCGUGGCCAAAGCUGGGAGCUCGACCCGCGACACGGGGAGGAAAGCCAGACGAGGAUGCACCGCCCGGUACAGCGUCGGCAGGGUUCAACCAAGAGGGCCAGGAAGGCUGCGGCCGCGAAGAAAACCAUCAAGGAGGCCCGCGCGAGAGUGGCCAAGAGGACCGCGCGGAAGCGUGGCGAGCCGAACGUUGA